AUGAGCCGGGACAGACUGGGAAUGGGAACAGGGGAAGCGGCCCAACACACGGCGACUGGGACUGUCGGGAGUCCGGAGAGCGAAGACACAUUGGACGGCUCGAGUGCCAUGGAUAAACGAGCUUUCUGUCCCCCUGCUGUCAGAGACCCCAAGCCAGCAGAGAGCCACGCCGAGUCCCCCCGGGGCAGACCGGACCGGGCCGACCCCCCCCGGGGCCGACCGGAUCGGGUCGGAGCGGACGGCGCGUUGCCCGCCCCCCAGCAGGCGUCAAUAGGCCCCACCGGACCAGCGGGUCACAGAACCACUUCGUUCUCGGUUCUGGAUAUUCUGGAUCCCAACAAAUUCACCAGUAACCGGAGACCCGCGAGCCACCGUCUGGACGCGGAGUUCGGCGCCGAGAAGCGGAGGAGGGGAGCGGGUGGAGAGAGCGAGGAGCAGCAGCCCGUCUCAGACCACAAGAGCCGCGCGGAGGAGUACGACCCCAUCGUGGGCAGGAAGCCCGCGGCCGGGAUCCACAAGGAGGCCUAUGUGUACAGGGGCCCCGAUGAGAACGAGUUCCAGCACCGGGCCCCCACUCCGGACUCAGAGGCCCCUGACGAGCCUUACAGCAGCGAGGAGAGCAACUCGGCCCCGCCCAGCGGGGGGGAGGAGGCCGGCCUCCACCACAUGGACCCGGCCCGCGACACCAAGAGCCCCGGGGGGGGGCCAGGCCCGGGGCCUGGCUCGCAGCAGGGGAAGCCCAAGAGGAAGCGCUCCGGCUCCGACUCCAAGUCGGGGAAGCCGCGGCGGGCGCGAACGGCCUUCACCUACGAGCAGCUGGUGGCGCUGGAGAACAAGUUCAAGUCGACGCGGUACCUGUCGGUGUGCGAGCGGCUGAACCUCGCCCUGUCGCUGUCGCUCACCGAGACGCAGGUCAAGAUCUGGUUCCAGAACCGCCGGACCAAGUGGAAGAAGCAGAACCCCGGGGCGGACACCAGCGCCCCCACCUCGGGGGGCGGGGGGGGCGGGGGGGGCAUGGGGGGCCUCAGCCCUCUGAGCCAGUCUCCCCCCAUGGGGGGCCACCUGUCCAUGCACGGGGGGGGCUAUGGUGGGCACCACCAUGGCCCCGCGGGGGGGCUGGUGCAGCUGCCCUUCCUGACCUCUAGCCACGCCGCUGUGCUCUCGCCCUUCAUGCUGGGCUCCCAGACCUACGGGGCCCCCACCUUCUACACCACACACCUGUAGACAC